UGCUGCUGCUGGUGCUGCUGCUGCGCCAGCAACGGCGGCGGCGGCGGCGGCAUCCGCAUCUGCAGCGCCAGGGCCUCGGCGGAGAGCUGGGUGUGCCCUUGGCGGUCGUGCAGAAUCCUCGCCGCGUCGCUGAUUCCAUCGUCCUGCUCGUCCAGACAUCUUGGUGGCCCGGCGCUUAGUCCCCGCGAGGAUGCGGCUCAUCUGGCAGCUGCUGAAGCACUCUGUGCCCUACCAGGUCGAGCGGUACUCGCGCUUCUCUCCCUCCCCGCUUUCCAUCAAGCAGUUUUUGGACUUUGGAAGGGACAAUGCCUGUGAAAAGACCUCAUACAUGUUUCUGCGGAAGGAGCUUCCUGUACGUCUAGCAAAUACAAUGAGAGAAGUUAAUCUUUUGCCUGAUAAUUUGCUUAAUCGGCCUUCAGUUGGAUUGGUCAAAAGCUGGUAUACACAGAGUUUUCUCGAACUUUUAGAAUAUGAGAACAAAAGUCCUGAAGAUCCAAAAGUCCUAAAUAACUUCCUGGAAGUUCUCAUUAAAGUUAGAAAUAGACACAACGAUGUGGUUCCCACCAUGGCCCAAGGAGUUAUUGAAUACAAGGAAAAAUUUGGUUUUGAUCCACUAAUUAGCAGUAACAUUCAAUAUUUUCUGGACCGAUUUUAUACCAACCGCAUCUCUUUUCGUAUGCUUAUCAAUCAACACACUCUUCUGUUUGGCGAUGAUGAUUCUAAUCCAGCUCAUCCUAAACACAUCGGAAGCAUUGACCCCACCUGUAAUGUAGCAGAUGUAGUGAAAGAUGCAUAUGGAACAGCCAAAUUGCUCUGUGAACAGUAUUAUUUGGUAGCACCCAAACUGGAGGUCCAGGAAUUUAAUGCUAAAGCUCCAGACAAGCCUAUCCAGGUAGUAUAUGUGCCUUCACAUUUGUUUCACAUGCUGUUCGAGUUAUUCAAGAACUCCAUGAGAGCAACUGUGGAACUCCAUGAAGAUAGAAAAGAAGGCUACCCAGCCGUGAAGACCCUUGUCACUCUGGGGAAAGAAGACUUGUCCAUCAAGAUCUGUGACCUCGGUGGUGGGGUCCCACUCCGGAAAAUUGAUCGUCUCUUCAACUACAUGUAUUCCACUGCCCCAAGACCAAGUCUGGAACCUGUGAGAGCUGCCCCUCUGGCUGGAUUUGGUUAUGGUCUACCAAUCUCUCGACUCUAUGCUAGAUAUUUUCAGGGAGAUCUGAAACUCUAUUCUAUGGAAGGAGUAGGCACUGAUGCGGUUAUAUAUUUAAAGGCUCUUUCAAGUGAAUCAUUUGAACGUCUUCCAGUUUUUAAUAAGUCUGCAUGGCGUCAUUACAAGACUAUGCCUGAAGCUGAUGAUUGGAGCAAUCCUAGCAGCGAACCCAGGGAUGCCUCCAAAUACAAGGCUGACCAGAACAAGAUUAAGUCUAAUAGAACUUUCUAAGGAAGUAAAUUCAUCAUUCCACUUUACCCAGCAAGUAUCCUUCCACAUACCAAG